CUCUCGAUCGCGCUCUGUGUUUCUCGAUCUAAGAAAAAAUCGUCGUCAAAGCAGAGUCAUGGUCUUCAUAUCUAAAUUCAAGAAACAGAGCGGGGAACAAGAGAUUGAUUCAAAAGCAAACUUGGUUGCAUCACUCUCACAUAUGAAAAUGCAAAUUCAGAAUGAAAGAUUUGUCUCCAUUAGAGAAAAACUUGAAAACAAUAGCAAAAACAUUGAAUCUUAUGUUUCUCACCUCAAAGAAUUGGCUGCAUCAAGGGCUGAUUCUACAACCAGUAGUUCAGGCAACCACCUUUCUUUGAGGAUGAACCAUCCUCUCAGUAAAGUCAGUGGACUUGUUCAAGGAUCUGAAGACGGUGCUGUUAAGAGUAAAGAAGUUGUGAUUUCUAGAACAAUCAAACUUCCUCUUAUCGAGAGGAUACCUUCCUAUACUACGUGGAUUUUCUUGGAUAGAAAUCAGAGAAUGGGUAAUGAUCAAUCUGUCCUAGGGCGUAGACGCAUUUAUUAUGAUCAUCGUUGCAGUGAGGCAAUGAACUGUAGCGACAGUGAAGAUGAUCUGGUGCAGUUGGAGGGUGAGAAACAUAAAUUUUCUGAUGGGGAGGAUCGCCUUAUUCGCGUGGCUUUCUUAGAGUAUGGGAUAGGGAAUGAAGUUGUUGAUGUGCUGACCCAGUUUGUUGGAGGAUCCUCUCAGGAAAUUCAAGAGCGUUGCACUAUGCUCAUGGAAACAGAUCAACAAAGGGAGAUACAGAAGAAACCUUUGAAGGAAGAGAUAUCUGGAGAUAAUGUGUAUCUGGACCAAAGCCUCAGUGCUGCUUUAGGUUCUUUUGACAAUCUAUUUUGCCGCCGUUGUCUGGUGUUUGAUUGCCGUUUACAUGGUUGUUCCCAAGCUCCAACCUGUCAUAAUGCAGGGCAAAUUGGCCAAUUUGUUACAGAAGUGGACCGUAAGCCCUGUGGAGAUCAAUGUUAUCUUCAGACAUGCGAAUCUACAGGAAAUUCAAUCAAAGCUUCACAUAAAUGGAGCAAUUGGAGACCUUUGGAGAAAGACUUAUACCUCAAGGGAUUACAAAUAUUUGGAAAAAAUAGUUGUUUUAUAGCUCGGAAUUUGCUCUCUGGUCUGAAAACUUGCGAAGAAGUGUCUAAUUACAUGUCUGGUGAUGGAGCCGUAAUGCCUUGUGGAUCUUCAGCUAAGCUAAACUCGUAUUGUAAUGAAGCUGGGAAGGAUGGCAUGGAUCCUAUGGAGCCAGAUAUGCCAGCCAAAUCAAGAAUAAGUCGUAAAAGGGGAAGAGUGCACAAGGACAAGGUUAAGUUUUCAAGGAAGUACCGUCAGUCCUUGUGGAGAAUGAUUGCGGAGGGAAAGGACAUCCCAUAUAAGCAAUAUUCUCCAUGCAGUUGCCAGCCAACGUGUGGGAAACAGUGUCCUUGCCUCCAGAAUGGAAUUUGCUGUGAGAAAUACUGCGGGAGCUCAAAAAGCUGCAGAAAUCGCUUCAGAGGGUGUCAUUGUGCUAAAGGUCAAUGUAAAAGCAAACAAUGCCCCUGCUUUGCAGCUAAACGUGAAUGCGAUCCAGAUGUUUGCCGGAGUUGUUGGGUUAGCUGUGGUGACGGUUCGUUAGGGCCGCCAAGACGAGGAGGAGACAAUCAGUGUGCCAACAUGAUGCUCCUUCUGAGGCAACAUCAAAGGAUCCUCUUAGCAAAGUCAGAUAUUGUUGGUUGGGGAGCAUUUGUUAAGAAUUCCGUGAACAAAGAUGAUUACCUUGGAGAAUAUACCGGUGAAUUGAUCUCCCAUGAGGAAGCAGAUAGGCGAGGAAAGAUAUAUGAUCGUGCCGAUAUAUCAUACCUCUUUAACUUGAAUGACAAGUAUGUGAUUGAUGCAUUCCGCAAGGGAGACAAGUUGAAAUUCGCAAACCACUCAGCAAAUCCAAACUGCUACGCGAGGGUAAUGUUGGUGGCCGGUGAUCACCAUGUUGGCAUCUAUGCUAAUGAGCAAAUCCAAGCUGGUGAAGAGAUUUUCUAUGAUUAUCGAUAUGGUCCCGAUGAAUCACCCGUCUGGGCCCUGAAGCCCACAGUUUCAAAGACAGAUGGUUUGCGUGGUCGAGCAAACAAGCACAAAUCUCGUUGAGGUGGCGCUGCUCUUGCCAUUAUUAUUUCUUUAUCAUUACAUUUUUUAUGCACAAUCUAUAACUACAUUUUUUAUGAAUAAUCUAUAACUACAUCUUUUGAUGCAUAAUCUAUAAUUA